GAGCCGAGAGGUGACGUCACCCGUGACGUAUCGAGGGGUGAUUCAGUCGGAGCAAAAGAACGAGUCGGAGUGAGGAAUUGUUUCCGUUUUGGUUUCAGUUUUGAUUUCAGUUUUGGUUUUUGUUUUCCGUUAUUUUUGUUGGCAAUAUGAAGCGGAGAGUGUGACGGGAGAAAAGGGGGUGUAUGGGAAUUUUCUCGUCGUCUUCGUUGGUUCCCAACGAGUAGGCGAAUCCUUCCUUCCUCGCCAAGAAACGGCGCCUCUUCAUAUACCACGUUCCCCUUCCUUCACCCCUUCGCGUUGGUCGCCCUACCUCUCAAACCUCCUCCUCCGACGUCGACGAUGGCGCAACCGCUAUUUCAGCCGCCGCCGCCGCAGCCAGUGUCAUUAGACCUCCGUGAUCUAAAGGCCCUCUCGGUCCUCGGCCGCGGCGCCAAGGGCGUCGUCUUCCUCGUCCGCGCCGCCGCCUCGUCCGGCGAGGAGGCCCUCGCCCUCAAGACAGUCUCUCGCUCCUCGAUCGAGCGCAAGGCCUCUAGCGGCGACGCCUACCGCCGGGUCUGGCUCGAGCGCGACGUCCUCCUCGCCCUCCGCCACCCGUUGCUCCCCUCCCUCCGUGGCGUCGUCUCCACUGACAGGAUCGUCGGCUUCGCAAUCGACAGAUGCUCCGGCGGCGACCUCGCCUCCCUCCGCCGCCGCCAGAGCGAGAAGAUGUUCUCCGACGAUGUCAUUCGCUUCUACGCCGCCGAGUUGGUGCUGGCGCUGGAGUACCUCCACGGGCUGGGGAUCGUCUACCGAGACCUGAAGCCCGAGAAUGUCCUGAUCCAGGACAGCGGCCACCUCAUGCUCGUCGACUUCGAUCUCUCCGCUAAACUCUCCUCCAAGCCGCUGCCGGAACAACCACUCAAGUCGUCACCACCCACCGCCGUCCGCCGCAUCGAAUCCAUGCCGCGAGGCACCGGCAUGAAGAAGAAGAAGAAGAACACCAAGAUCAAGGGAAAGAAGUCCCCGCGCCUCACGGGCUGCUUCUCCUUCAACGCCGGCGUGUCUCCGGAGACCGUCGAAGCUCCUCCCGCCCCGAAACCACCUUCGGCGUCGAAGUGGUCGUCGAGCGGGAAAUCGAACUCGUUCGUGGGGACGGAGGAGUACGUUGCCCCGGAGAUCAUCGAGGGCAGAGGCCACGACUUCGCGGUGGACUGGUGGGGGCUGGGGGUGGUUCUCUACGAGAUGCUCUACGGGCAGACGCCGUUCCGGGGGCAGAACCGGAAGGAGACCUUCUACCGGAUCCUGACCAAGGAACCGGAGCUCGCCGGAGAUCCCACGCCGCUGCGCGACCUCAUCCGGAGACUCCUCGAGAAGGACCCCGAACGUCGCAUCACAGGCGAGGGCAUCAAGGCGCACGAGUUCUUCCGUGGGGUGGUCUGGGAGCAGGUGAUCCAGGUGUCGCGGCCGCCCUUCAUCCCGACGCCGCUGCCGGAUCACUGGGAGUCGGGCGACGCCGGCUCCGAGGGGCUCGACGUGGAGAGGACCGUGGACGAGGUUUCCGCUGCCAAGGAGGCGGCGGAGGCGAAGACGGCCAGCGGGAACGGGGCGGAAGGCGUAACCGUUUCCCCCACCGCCGACGAUUUUUCAGUCUUCUAAUAUUUUUUCUUUCUGAUUCAUUAUUAUUUUUAUAAAUAAUUAUAUUAUUAUUAUUAUUUGAAACAUUAUUCAAAUCACUGCCGGAGGCACCAAAAGGCGGCCGUCGUGCCACAGUGGUGUUCUACCGACAGUCGUCACUUCAGUCACGGGGAGGGUGGCGGUUUUCGUACAGCACAUAAGGAAGGACUAAUGGUUUCAUAACUGAGAUCAAAAUUCGAUGUAAAAAAUCAAAGAAACUGUCUAUUUAUUAUUAUCCGUUAAUUGCGGUAAUCUUUCUUUUA